AUGAGUGCGUGGCCAGAAAUUUUGACUGCAAAGUCUGAAAACAGACAUGAAAUAAAAUUGGCGGGAGCUGCGAUAUCAAAACGCAUUUCUGAAAGUGGUUUGGACAAACAUAUUUUCCAAUUAACAAAUAUAAAUCUUCUAAAUAUCAGCGAUACAAAUUUAUCAACUAUACCUGAUGAUAUAAAACUGCUUGUCAACUUGCAAUCGCUUUUAUUAUUCGGUAAUAAACUCGAAGAAUUUAACGAAAAUAUAACCUCUUUGCCGAAAUUAAAAGUCUUGGAUUUGUCUAGAAAUCAACUAAUUAUUAUCCCCGAUAGUCUAAAUAAAAUGAAAGAGUUAACGAGCAUCAAUUUCAGCUCAAAUCUUAUCGAGAAAAUGCCAAAACUCGGUGAUUUUCCAAACUUGAUCACAAUCGAUGUUUCGAACAAUAAGCUUUCAGUAUUUCUAGACACUGAAAAUUCAAAUUUGCCCCAUUUAACUGAUUUGAAAAUAAAAGGAAAUGAAAUAGAAUCUCUUCCCAACCAUAUUGCACGAACUAUACCUUCUCUAAAGAAUUUCGACAUUGGCGAUAAUAAGUUGAAAACAGUACCAGGAGAACUUGCAACUAUGGCAAAAUUAAAAGAACUAAAUCUCAAAGGCAACAAACUAGCUGACAAACGUCUUAUGAAGCUAGUAGAUCAAUGCAGAACAAAACAAGUUAUUGAUUAUAUAAGAGAACACUGCCCCAAAGCAGAUAAUGUUCAAAGUUCUAGCAAAGGGAAAGGUAAAAAAGGGAAGAAGCAAGAAGAACCUCCUCCUGGCGAUGUAUGCGACUUAUGCCAUUCUAUGAAGAUAUUACACGUUGAAGAUGAUACAAUGAAAGUGAAAAUAGUUGAAAAUGAAAUUUGGAACAUUAGGCCAUUUAUCUUGUGCUGUAUCGUAACAGAAUUGAAGUUUAAUGAGGUUUUAUUUAAAAAGUUUAUUCAAAUGCAAACCAAGUUACAUGACACUGUAUGUGACAAAAGAAAUGUAGCUACUAUAGCUACACACGAUCUUAGCAAAAUUCCUCCAGGUGAUAUUAUCUAUACAGCAAAAGUGCCAUCUCAACUAUCUCUAACACCACUUUCAAGGACAAAGGCCUAUACGGGAGAACAGCUUUUCCAGCACCUAACAUCUGAAGCUGAUGCACUGAGGAAGGAGAAGAAGAGGAAUGUAUACUCUGGAAUACAUAAAUAUUUGUACCUUCUUGAAGGAAAACCAAAAUAUCCAUGUUUAGAAGAUGCUUCUGGCAGAGUCAUCAGCUUCCCACCAAUCACUAAUUCUGAUGACACAAAGAUGUCUCAAGAGAGUAAGUCAAUGCUUGUUGAAGUGACUUCGCACUCCUCCCUCGGUGCCUGUAAGAUAGUGAUGGAUAAACUCCUGCAAGAGUGUCUCCUUUUGGGAAUUGGGGAUGGAGAAGACAGUGGGUUUCAUACUUUAAGUGUACAACAGGUAAAAGUGGUAGAUACAGAGGGCAAUCUGAAAAGCGUCUACCCAUCACGGACAGAUUGCGCGUUUGACAGUAACAUAAAAAUAUACCGUCUGCCUAAAAAA